GGAGAUGAGCUUCUGGUUAAAAUGAUUCAGCAAGAAAUCACCCCCCUACCCAGUCCCAAACUAGGCAGCCCCGACCCCUCCCCAGUCCAGGGGGCGGUGUGCAGAGCAGACUCCACCCCAGGCCGGCAACUCACCACCGACCAGAGAGCGCAGCCCACUGCUCCGCACUGCCCUCAGCCCUACAGUCAUGCGGUCGAUCGCGGCGUUGCUUGCCUUCUGCUGCUUGGUCUCGAGCACCAGAGGCGGCCCCUCCCCAGACUUCUGUUCCCAGGACUGUAACUCAGGUGUGAAGCCAGGAUUUCCCAAACGAAUAAAGACUGAUGACCCAGGAGUCCUCAAAGCUGCCAGACACAGUGUGGAAAAGUUCAACAACUGCACAAAUGACAUCUUCUUAUUCAAGGAGUCCUACAUUAGCCGAGCCCUGGUGCAGGUAGUGAAAGGCCUGAAAUACAUGCUGGAGGUGAAAAUCGGCAGAACUACGUGCAGAAAAACCACACACCAUCCCCUGGAUAAUUGUGACUUCCAAACCAACCCUGACUUAAAGCGCGUUCUGAGUUGCUAUUCUGAAGUCUGGGUCAUCCCCUGGCUCCGAAGGUUCGAGGUGCCUGUUAUUCGUUGCCACUGAGUUCUGCCUUUUGCCUGAUAUCUGCCUCUCGCCUGACAUCUGCCUCUUCAGCAAAACUUGAGCUGCAAGGACACCACCCAUGUGCUCUUUGUUAUCUUCAGCCCCAGCCCUAUGCCCAGCUGUUACAAACCUUCUAGGAUCUUCUCACGUGUGGGCAGAUGGAAGUGCUAAUGGGUGAUUACGGAGUAGCUGGGAUGGGAAAACAAUAGUACAUCAUAGCCAGAUUAAAUAUAUCACAUUUCCUUCUGUAAUUAACUUUACUGAUGCUAUAUGUUAGAUAGGGGGUCUGAGUAUAUGGGCCUGAGUCCUCUGAUGGGCCUCAUUGGGUUUGGGGAUAGACAGAUGUAGGCUGACCUGAGGGGUAGGGCAGGGUGCACCCUCCCAUCCCUCACCCCAAAGACAGUACAGGCAUUCAUCUGUUGGUCUCAGUUAUUAGCAUUAUAGCACUAAAUCUGGGAAAAGUGUGCUACUGAUCACUUGACCUCUGUCAAUGAUUAAAGUUAUGAAUAAAGGGAUGAUCAUUCCAAUGCAAUGGCUCUAUGUGUCACCUUUUAGUGGGAAAAUCAGUGAGGCAAGAAGAGCAGUACCAGGGGUCCUUCUCACUCUCUGGUCUGGCAAGUUUAGGUUGCUUCCAUAAAGUCGUCAGAGGCUUGUUCAGCAAUUAGCUACUAAUAAAAAUGUGAAAUCUGAGCAGCCAGAAACAGGGAAGCCUGUCAGCACGGUGAACACACAGGGCAGCAGCAUCCUAUAGAGGUUCAAGGAGCCUGCCCUCCAGCCACAUUUCUUCAGGGUCACACCUCCAACCAAGUUCUCUGCUGCCUUUGAGACCCAAGGGUUUGGAACAGCUUAGCACAUGCACAGAAGAGCCUGGGCAGGUAGGGUGUGGCAGAUAUGGAACCAUUCCCCUACGAAGACAUCCAGGAACAGGCUGUGCAGGGGCACUGAAAAAGGAAGUCAAUUGCAGGCUGAAGACCACUAGGUCCUGGGGAAAGAUAGAUCUUCAGUUUGAGCUAGAAGAAGUAGGGGGCUGGAUCACAGAGCCAAAGCCCAGGAGCUCGCUGGUGGCCUAGUUCUCCAAGCCUUCAUUCAGAGGUAGUUGACCACAGGUCCCUGCACCACUCACUGUGGGCUUUUUCCUCUCCAAGCUCUCUUUAAAGUGUGACUGUAAAGUAGGGAGCACACAGGUAGCAGAAGGCAUGUUGGCACCUUGAAAGAACAUGAACUUGAUAAUUGGUAGGAAAGAAAAUAUGCAUCAAAUAUGCAUGGCAAUUUAGCUCUCUAUCACAAAUGUGAUCAAUGUAAACACCAAA